CGGGCCGGUUGCCAGGGGCGACGGCGGCCGUUUGCGGGAGCAGGGCAGGGAUUAUAGAUGGAGGGCGGGCGCUGACGGCGCUAGAUAAAGGCGGCGCAAUGAACCAGCUGCCCCAGAGAGUGUGCGGAUCGGUCGGCAGGAGCUUGAGGCAAAUUCACCGCGUUUCAGCCGCCACCAUGCCCAUCAAGGUCGGAGAUAAACUGCCAGCUGUGGACGUCCACGAGGGAGAUCCUCACUCCGUCGUCAACACCGCCGAGCUCUUCAAAGGGAAAAGGGGGAUUCUGUUCGGAGUUCCCGGGGCGUUCACUCCGGCAUGUACCAAGUCUCACCUGCCCAGCUACAUCGAGAAAUGUGAAGAGCUGAAGAAAAAGGGGAUUGAGAUCAUUGCCUGCAUGGCUGUCAACGAUGCCUUCGUCAUGAGCGCCUGGGGCAAGGACCAGAAAGCUGACGGGAAGGUGCGAAUGCUAGCUGAUCCUUCUGGGACAUUCACACGGGCCUUGGGUCUUGAACUCGAUAAGGAGGCACUUAUCGCCGCACUGGGGAACAAGAGGUGCCAGAGGUUUGUAAUGCUGCUGGAAAAUGGUGUGGUGAAAGAAUUGAAGGUUGAACCAGAUGGGACAGGCAUCAACUGCAGUCUGGCCUCCCACGCCCUGACACUCAUCUGAGACCCUGUUGCUGCUGCUGCUGCUGCUGCUCACUUCAGCUCAGACGGUUUUCAUAUCACGUGCAUAUAAUCCUUUAAUAAACAUACUUUAACUGGAUAAA